GUGACAAGAACAACAGAGGAUGGUGGGGGCAAAAGAGGGUGGUGGCGCCAUGAAAGGGUGGUGGUGGCACCGCGGAGGAUGGUGAGGCUAACGAGGGGUGCUGGCGCUGGCAAAUGUUCUCCGGCGACCUACUGCAUGAAUCCCUUGUCGGUUCUAUCGCAGGUAUGAGAGGAAGUAACCCUUGAUUUUGUGGAUGGCCUACCCCCAUAGGCCGGGAAGAAGGCAACCAUGAUAGUGAUUGACCGAUUAUUCAAAUACACCCAUUUCAUCUCCCUGACACAUCCAUAGUCGGUGAAGAAGAUUUCAGAAUUGUUUGCGGCCAAUAUUGUUCGCCUCCAUGGAAUUCCCAAAGCUAUGGUAAGUGACAGAUUCAAUUUUUGGAAAGAAUAUUUCAAGCUUCAGCGCACCAAGCUCAAUAUGAUUUCUAUGUACCAUUUCAGGCUCUCUAUGGCAUACCACCGCCUACUGUCAUCAAUUAUUUGAGUCGAGCUUCUGUUGUGGAGGAAGUGGAAAAAGAGUCGCAAGAAAGAGAGGAAUUAAUGAGGCAUUGAAGGAGAACUUGAAUAAGGCUGGUAAUCGUAUGAAGUAUCAGGCAGAUAACAGGCGGCAGGAUUAUGAACUAGAAAAUGGCGAUUGUGUUUAUUUGACACUGCAACCCUAUAAUAGACAGAGCAUCCUUUUCGGCGAGCCCAUCAAAAGUUGGCCGGUCGAUUCUUUGGGCCGUACCAAAUUAUUGAAAGAAUUGUAGCAGUAGCCUGCAAAUUGGCCUUGCUGGACACCGCAAAGAUUCAUCCGGUAUUCCAUAUUUUCGUUCUUAAGAAAAAAAUUGGGGACUCUCCAGAAUCUCCAUUGAACUUCCACCCUUUUCAGACUCUCAUACGCCAUAGCUCGAACCCCUUUCUAUCCGCGACUACAGAUGGGUCAAACAAGGUGCUAAAUAUGUUAUUGGGCUUUGGUCCAGUGGAAGAAUCUGCCCCUUGAAGAUGUCACCUGGGAAGUGGUUGAUUCUCUGCAUCAACAAUUUCUUGAGCUCGACCUUGAGGACAAGGGUUGUUUCCAAGGGGGGAGUUGAUGAUAACUGUAGGGGCAGGAAGCCUAAUCUAAAGUUCUUGGAUUAGGGUCAUCCGAUGGGCAGUGAUAAAUGUAGUUGGGAUAAGUUGAUAGGAAUAAAGGAUAAGAAUUAUGGGGUCUAGGUCCAGUUGGACCAAUUUUGCAUUUAUUCCAAAUAAAAAAUAAAAAUAAAACUCGGGCUAAGAGUCUGAGGAUUACUAUGCUGCCACAGCUAUGUUGGGUCUUGGCUGUAUGCCUGUAUAAAAGUAUAGUCAUAGAGCCAGUUGUAAGUUUGUGAGAUUGUUUUGUUUGGUAUUGUCUCUGCAAAAGAUGUGGAUUUUUGGCUGGAAAGGGCCAUCUGGGUUCUCAAGCCGUUCAACAGCAGAGGAAGUUACCCAAGGAAUUGAUGGAACUGGUCUCACCGCCAUUGUUACAGGAUCAUCAAGUGGCAUUGGUGUAGAGACGACGCGUGUUCUUGCACUGCGCGGUGUCCAUGUCAUUAUGGCUGUAAGGAACAUGGAUGCUGGUAGGAACAUCAAAGAACAAAUUCUUAAGGAAAUCCCCGAUGCCAAAAUUGAUGUCAUGAAGUUAGAUCUUAGCUCAAUGGGAUCGGUGAGGAAAUUUGCAUCAGAUUAUAAUGAAUUGGGUCGUCCACUGAAUCUCCUCAUUAACAAUGCAGGGGUGAUCGUGAGUCCAUUCAUGCUUUCCCAAGACAACAUUGAACUGCAAUUUGCAACUAAUCAUUUAGGUCAUUUUCUUUUGACCAACCUUCUAUUGGAGACCAUGAAAAAAACUGCUCGUGAAAGCAACAAAGAGGGGAGGAUUAUUAAUGUAUCAUCCAUGGGUCACCGAUUUGUGUUUGGUGAAGGGAUUCGUUUUGAUAAAAUCAAUGAUGAAUCAGGAUACAACAUGUGGUUUGCUUAUGGGCAAUCAAAGCUUGCCAACAUUUUGCAUGCUAAUGAGCUUGCGAGGCGCUUGAAGGAAGAAGGGGUGGAGAUAACUGCUAAUUCCGUUCAUCCAGGUGCAAUUGUUACAAAUAUUCUGCGUGUCCCCCGUUUCAUUAUUGUUAUUGGUAGUAUACUUGGUAAAUAUGUGCUUAAAAGUGUUCAUGAGGGAGCAGCAACUCAAUGCUAUGUGGCAUUGCAUCCACAAGUUAAAGGAGUAAGUGGUGAAUAUUUCAUGGACAGUAAUAAAGCGAAAGCCAGCUCUCUGGCUAAUGAUGCAGAAUUGGCAAAGAAGUUAUGGGACUUCAGCUUGAGCUUGACGCAAAACCAGUUGGGAUUUAAGGCGUUCGCUUGAGUUGUACUCUCUCUGUCCUUUUAAUAAGAACUGAUAAAACUAGAAUAGAUUGACAGUUUUUCAGUUGAACAAGAAGUUACAGUAGUUCAGUGUUUGUGCUCUAAAAACAGUUUGAAUAGAAGAAGCACAGCACACUACCCUGUGAACAGAUGUGUUCGUUGGUUCAAAUCCUUGUUUGGAAUGUAGCAGUACCAGUCUUAUCUACUUUGGACUCGUUAAUACCUUGUUAAAGUGCAUUCUUAAUAAUGGCAAAUCUGUCUUGAAUGCUUAA